CACGUGUUUCAUGGAAUCAUUUGGUCAAGCAGAGCAGGGUCCGAAACUAUCAACGCGCUUCCCCUUCCUUUCGCUGCCGUGUACAAAUCGACCUUCUUUUUCCUACACCCACUUCUGUUCUCACUUCGUUUCUUCUUCUCCUCCAUCUUCCCACGGAGCCGCCACGCUUUCUCGAACCCUAACCCUGGCGAAGCCAACAAAUUAUUUUAUAUAAUCUCCCACGAUCCGUUCUAGGGUUUUGCGGAUUGGCCCCGCUCCACCCUUCGCCGAUUCCCGGUGAUCACUUCAAAAUAACAGCGAUUCUCUGCAAUCCAUCACAAGAUCCACUCGCCUCCCGCCGAUCUCGCCUUCUUCGCUGGAUUUCAUCACCGAAGUUGGGUGAGCUCCUAAUUCGCUGGAGAAGAGGAAUUGGAGGCGUUUAUUUCGUGAUCUUUGGCUUGGGUUUUUGGUGAUCGGUGGUAGCUCGGAGUUUGGGAAGGGGUUGAGGAGAUCAAAUGCCGGAAGAGGAUCUGGUCGAGCUUAAAUUCCGACUCUAUGAUGGAUCGGACAUCGGUCCGAUCCGGUAUUCUUCCUCCUCCACGGUUGCCAUGCUCAAAGAAAGAAUAAUCUCUGAGUGGCCGCGAGAUAAGAAGAUUAUACCAAAGGUGGCUAAUGAUGUAAAGUUGAUAAGUGCGGGGAAGAUUUUAGAAAACAACAAAACAAUUGCCCAGUGCAAGCCACCUUUUGGCGAGCUUCCUGGAGGCGGUAUCACCAUGCAUGUUGUUGUUCAACCAUCAUCUGCUAAGACAAAAACAGAAAAGAAGGUUGAUGACUUGCCAAAGAAGACGACCUGUUCUUGCACAAUAUUGUAGAAUCAGGAGCUGCCUAUCUUGUUCAUGUCCAGCUGCAAGAGUACUGUUACAUACCAUUGGGUUGAUGGGGAAUAGGAGAACAUCAUAAUCACUUCUGGUAGUUCUGUUAUUGGAGGAAUGCAGUCCUCCAUGUAUUGUUGCCUGAAUGCUGUUGUGCCAGUCAAGAGUUGGUUUACGUUUUGUGGUAUUGUUGUGAGCCAGGUUCAUGACAUAGGAAGAGGAGGCCUUUAUAUGAUCACAGGUUAUAUAUAUGAAAUGGUUCUUCACAGUGUUUCUGUUCAGACAUUUAAUUCUUCUUUCUUUCAAUCAUGUUCUGUAUAUUGUCUGAAUUAACUCAGCAUUUAAGAGUGUCAGUGACAUCCCUCCUGCCUCUCUGUUCUUCAA